AUGAAUCCCAACUGCGCCCGGUGCGGCAAGAUCGUGUACCCCACGGAGAAGGUGAACUGUCUGGAUAAGUUCUGGCAUAAAGCAUGCUUCCACUGCGAGACCUGCAAGAUGACACUCAACAUGAAGAACUACAAGGGCUACGAGAAGACGCCCUACUGCAACGCACACUACCCCAAGCAGUCCUUCACCAUGGUGGCUGACACCCCGGAAAACCUCCGCCUCAAGCAGCAGAGUGAGCUCCAGAGUCAGGUGCGCUACAAGGAGGAGUUUGAGAAGAACAAAGGCAAAGGCUUCAGUGUGGUGGCAGACACCCCGGAGCUCCAGAGAAUCAAGAAGACCCAGGACCAGAUCAGUAACAUAAAGUACCACGAGGAGUUUGAGAAGAGCCGCAUGGGCCCCAGCGGGGGCGAGGGCCUGGAGCCUGAGCGCCGAGAUUCCCAGGACAGCAGCAGCUACCGGCGGCCCCAGGAGCAGCAGCCGCCGCCCCACCACAUCCCAACCAGCGCCCCGGUUUACCAGCAGCCCCAGCAGCAGCAGGCGGCACAGUCCUAUGGUGGCUACAAGGAGCCCGCAGCCCCGGUGUCCAUACCGCGCUGCGCCCCAGGCGGGGGCGGGAAGCGGUACCGUGCCGUGUAUGACUACAGCGCCGCCGACGAGGACGAAGUCUCCUUCCAGGAUGGGGACACCAUCAUCAACGUGCAGCAGAUCGACGAUGGCUGGAUGUACGGGACCGUGGAGCGCACCGGCGACACGGGGAUGCUGCCGGCCAACUACGUGGAGGCCAUCUGAGCCCCUCCCCCGGGCGCUGCCCCGCCCCCACCCGUCUUCAGCGCGUUCCCGGCAUCGCAUCUGUCCUGGGCACCUGCCCACCCUUCUUCCGUGUCUCUCUCUCUUUUUUUAAAAUGCGACAGCUUGUUUUAGUCCCACCCUCCUCCAGCUACUUCUGCCAACCGAAGCCUUGUUCUGCCACUUUUGCGGGCUCCUUCCUCUGGCAGGUUUUCCCCUUGACCAAUUUCUUGGUUUUCUCUCUGGAUGGAACAGGCGUGGACCUCUCCUGGGGAGGCCGAGGCCUGGGGAGCUGGUCUGGAGUGGGAGACCCGUUGGCUCCCAGGCCUCUGCCUUCUCUCAUUUCUACCCCCUCAGACCUUCCUGCCCUCCUCCUCAUCCCCCGACCCCCAACCUUCCCAGGACUCCCAGGGGACGGGACUCCAUACCCCCUUGCCCCUGGGAUGGGCUUAGCCUCUGCUUCUCAAAGACGGGGCGCGACUGGCCCUCGGAGGGGCCCCUCAGCCCCCUCUCUCACUCUCAAGGACCACAAAGGAGGGUAGAGUUCCCGCUUUGGGAUUCAUUCAUCCCUCCCCACACGUGUUCCUUCUCACACUGUGAUUUCGCACUCCUGCCCACACAGCCCGGGUGUGGGCCAGGAGCUCCCCAGGAAGCAUGGCUUGGGUCAAGUGCUCGCCUUUCUUACUUUUAGGGACAGCUGCAGGAGGAAGGGGAACAGGGUGUUCUCUCCCACAGCCCUUUCUCCUCCUCCCCCUAGUCUCCAGGCCCCCUGGUGGCUCCUAAACCGUGAGGCAAGGAAGCCUUGGGCCUCUUGGCCUGCAAGGCCCAGCCCCUGGGCUCUGGGUUAGGUGGGCCACUCGUCCCUCCUCCCCAUGGGAAGAUGUCCCCGGCCUCCCAUGGCCUCGCCUCCUUGGCCCAGCACCAAGCACACUGGAGCUGUGCACAGCCACAGAACCUUCUGUGUCUCCAGGACUCAGCGUGUGGGGGAGGGAGCGCGCCUAUACCUGUGACAGGCUUGCGUGACCGAAGCAGCCAGGGUCCAGGCGGGCAGGAGUCUCUGGGCUUCUGUGAGGGUGUGCAGAGCCGCCGCCCCCCACCCCCCAUAGUUUCCUCAGACCCCACGGGGAGAGGGGAGAGGGGUGGGGGGAGAGAAACUCCUCAUGUCUUCUCUGGCGCGAAGAUCCCUCCUUUCCUUUCAUCUCCACAUGGCGGAAGCCCACCCUCGCCUUUCCAGCGUGCUGGGCAGAGGUGAGGGGGUGGUCCCGGAGUUGGUGGGGCUGACGUUGGGCCUGCAGCUUGCUGGGGUGAGAGGGGGCAAGGGUUCGUGUCUCCAGGCACAUUCUUUCCCCUCACGUCCAUGUCCUUGGCUGCAGAGUAGAGCACCGGACGACCCUGUGUCGGCCACACUGGGUGUCUCACUCUUGGGCUCACCCCCCACGCCACCAGACCUCUCUCUCUCUCUUAGGUAAGGCCCCCCUGAAGCAGAAGGAGGAAGUCCCAGGGCUACGAAACUGGAAGCGCAGACCCCGGGGUGAGGAAGGGAAAGAUGGUGCUAUUUCCAAGUCCCUUCUCUUGCUCUUUGGUGGCUGUGAUGACCCUUGCCUGGCGUUAUUCAUCUCUGGCCUCUCUCUCAACACCCCUCCGGGCUUCCCCCUCCUACCUUCACCCUGAGUCCACUCAGGCUCCACAGUCGACAUUGUUGCUUCCUGGUCCCGUCCAGGGAAGGAGGGCCCUGCAGGCGAAGUCAGCAGGCAGGUCCUCACCGCUUGGUGGUGGACGUUGGAAUAUUUUCCCCCCAAAUCAGAAGGUUGAAGAAAUGGCCACUGGUACUGGGGGAGAGCCCUGCCUGACCCAUCUCUUCCUCUGGUCCCAGCCGAGAGUAGGGGGUCUGUAUGUCGGACCGUGUGGAGCUGAGGGAGGCAGAGAGGGAGCUAUGGGGGAGGCCCCACUAACCUUCUAAGUGAUCUCAAAGCACAACUUGGAUUUGGGGACCAACGGGCAGAGGUGCAUCCUGUUGGAGCACUUGUGGUUGGGAGCAUGGUGAGAGGCAGGAGGAAGGCCUGGCGGAGCAGGAGGCGGCCUGUUUUCCCUCAGCCUAAUUUUCCUUCCAGAACGAGGCAGGCCAGUCCCUGGAGUCUGUUGUCCUCGCCCCUCUGCUCCUCCUGUCCUAAAAAUAGGGGACCUUUUCUUCCACACCCCCAUAGAGAAGAGGGACUGUCACACUGGUGCUGAGGGACCCAGGGGCUGCUGGGAGUCCUUGCUCCUUUCCAGAACCAUCCAUCCCUAAAAGAGCACAGAACCGAGGGCUGGGCCGAGUCCCUGGUCUUUUCUUACAGUUCACAAAGGUCUCUGGCCAAUCUAAUCCCAGGAAAGAAGAACCAUCAAAGCUAGAAUGUGAAUAUAACUUUAGUGGACCAAUAAGAAAAUGCAAGAAGCCCAAUGGCGAGAAAAGUGAAUUCUGGCAACACUGCUUCCUAUUUUCUUCCUCAUGUCCCUCCAGGGAAAACUACUUUAUUGCUUCAUUUCUGCCUUUUUCCUCUCACAUAUGCACUUUUGGGCCUUUUUUUUUAAUAGCUGGAAAAAAAUACCACCCCGCAAACCUGUAUUUAAAAAGAUACAAAUGACCAUGUGAAAUUUGCCUCUGUCCAAACAUUUCAUCCGUGUGUGUGUGUAUGUGUGAAGCCGUCCGUUCAUCUUUUUAUAUGGGGUGGUUGUCUUUUCUUGGUCUGUUUUGGUCCCCUCCCUCGUGGACUUGUGCUUGGGAUCAACUCUUUCUGGCCUGUUAUGAUUCUCAACAUUUGACUUGGACCACAAGUGAAUCUUUCUCCUGGUGACUCAAAUAAUAAAAGUAUAAUUUUUACCUGUG